GGAUAACUCAUUUGCUUAUCUCGCUUGACCAGGCUCUUUUUCAAAUUUCAAUCUGGAAGUGGAGCCAUCAUUCAGGCGUGUCUGAGAUUUCAUUUACACUUGUGAGCUGUGACAAAAUUUCCGCAUUGCCGUAGACAGUCAUAUAUUUUUUAUUUUCAACUUCCUUUUCUUAUCUUGCUCACAGUUAGUGGAAUUUUUACUGCACCAGCAAAAAUGGCUACUGCUUCCAAAAUCGCCGUGUUUUUGGCUGUUUUCAUGUGCAUCGCCGUCCAUCAAGCCAAUGGUCUACGCUGCUAUACCUGCUCCAAAGUGCCUGGGUCCUGCCCCGGCCUGGUGGAUGUUGUCCAGGAGAACUGCAAUAUUGCCCAGGAUGAAUGCUUCAAAUUCGAGGGAGAUGUGAUACGGGAAGGAGCUCUUCUCAAAAACAUCACGACCAAAUCCUGCGUGGCCUACAGCAUCAUUCAGCAGUUUUCCGGUGGCUACAAGUUCGAGCGCAACAACUGCGUGAUGGUCAACGCCUCCAAGGAUCCCAACCAGAACCAGUACUACACGGGCCGACUCUGUCUGUGCAACGACAAGGACUUUUGCAACUCCGCCGCCGUCCAUCCGAUUUCCCUGCUUCUGCUCACCAUCGGCCUGCUGGCAGCCGUUUGGGCCAAAUUGUAAACCGGAAAUGGUGCGCAGAUUUUUUCCUCGUUUGUACUUCUGCACUGUGUAUUUGUCCUGUUUCUACGUUUUAAAGCAGUGUUUCUUGUGAUACAUGUUCCACACAUGACCAAUAUUUUCUACAACGGAAUAUAAUUUUGCCGUUUUUCCCUCUUGUGCCGCGUCACAGUGCGCCGUGUGAUUUGAAUCAAUAAAGUCUCAGUGCGCUA